AUGGGAAAUUGCUCGACUCACGUCCACCAUAAUAUCGGCUUGAAUGAGGAGGAGAUCACGGCAGUCAAGGAUUCGUGGAACCGGGCAAAAAGCGAAAACAUUGGCCGCCAGAUCCUAGCCACUCUUCUCGAGAAAAAGCCUCAGUUUGCCGUGAUCUACGGAAUUCCGGAAGAUGCUGUCACAAAGAAGGCGAUGUAUACAAAUAAUCAGUUCCAGUUGCAGGCCUACAGAAUUCAAAACUUUCUCGACACGGCCGUCUCAUCGUUGGGCUUUUGCCCGAUGAAUUCGGUGUGGGAUAUGGCGCGUCGUAUCGGGCAGAUCCAUUUUUACAAAGGCGUUAACUUCGGAGCUGAUAACUAUCUGAUUUUUAAGCGCGUCACGAUUGACGAGAUCUUGGCAUUGGAUCUCGCCUCGACCUACAGCGAGUAUUGCCCGUUGAGACUUGGAUGGAAUAAAUUGAUGAAUGAAAUUGUUAAAGAGAUGAAGAAAGGUUUCCUCGAGGAGGCACUUGGGUCUUGCGGCGAUGAAAAUGGCAACAGAGCUUUGACCAUAGCCGGCGUUGACGAUCCG